AUGAUGAGUGAAAAGUCAAAAGAGGAUUCAGAGAGUAAAAGAAUGGAGGAUAAAAUCAAGAGAUCAAAUAAUUCAAAUGAUGAAGAACCAGAAAAAUCAGAGAAAAAGAGAAAGCAUGAUCAUGAAACUCAAAAAGCUGAUGAUAAGACUGAUUUGAAGGAUGAUAACGUUGCUUCUACAUUCAAGAGAACCAAAUCAGAUGCUAAUGAUUUACUUAUAAAGAAAUUGAUAUCACAAAACAAGGAAAAAAUAAUCCAAAAUUUUGAACUAGAAUUGGUAUCAAAAUCUUCAACAGAUGUUGACAUUAACAAUUUUUACAAGGAUCUUGACCAUGAAACGAUUAAAUUUUUAAAAAAGGAUUCAUUCAAAUUUAUCAUAUAUGCUAUAGAUAUUUGCUUCAAUGAAAAUGGUCAAUAUUUUGAGAAGCUGGAUACCAAUGGUGAAGAUGACCAUACAGAAGUUCAUUUGUUCAAAUUAAUUUUUCUUGUUCGAAAAAACAAACUUCCUGAUAUCAAAAGGGACAUGAUAAUCCAUGAAGAUAAGUCUAAUCAUAAAAGUGAAUAUGGGUCUACCAUGUCAAGGGACUCAACUAGCUCAAUCCUGAUCAAAAAUUUUAAAGAAAUGGUGCCAAAACCAUCGUGUAAGUUUGAUCAAGAGAUAUUAAGAAAAAAAUUUAUAUUAAAUCUGAAAAUGAAAUCAUUGAUAUUUUAA